AUGCGUUUCUUGACUGUCGCCUGCCUGAGCAUAGCUACUCUUGUCCAAGCUCAGAAUCAAACAAUUCAGGUGCAAGUGGGUGGUACAGAAAAUGAGAGUGGCGGAAUAUUCCAGUUCAACCCCUCCAGCUUCAAUGCGACCAAUGGAAGUGUCAUCACCUUCGAGUUUUCUGGAAACCCUGGAAACCAUAGCAUCACUCAAAGUGCUCUAUCCAAUCCUUGUCAACCACUGUCCGGCGGCUUCGAUUCUGGCUGGGUGCUCAUACCUACUGGCGGCGUCUCUCCUAGCCCCUUGUGGAACCUGACCGUCACGGAUGAUUCGCAUCCCAUUUAUUUCUUCUGUAAACAACUGAUUCCGUCUCCUCACUGCGCCGCGGGAAUGGUUGGAACAAUCAACGCACCUAGUAGUGGUACUGGUUCUUUGAACGAUUUUUUGAACAAUGCGAAGCAAACGACCGAUUCCGGCCAAGGAAUCGGAGCUCUCGUAGGACAGGGUGCUUCAGCUUCAGCUGAUCCUGGACCUCUUCCGAGCGGUGUGACUCUGUUCGGGACCCCAGGCGCUACUGCUGUCAGCGCGGCUAGCAGUAGUACUGGGGCUGCUGCUUCCACGAGUGCAACCACAUCCGGAAAUGCAGCUUCCCAGAUGAAAUUCGAUCCGAAGAUUUUUGUCUUGCUCGCUGCCUUACUUCGGCACCUUCCAAGAGCCAUUCACCAAACAAAUACUACUCGUUCUCGCUUCUUAAAUACUGCGCAGAACUCGCAGAAAAAGAUCUAUGCGUCGCAGGCUCAGUCCGCAAAAAAAUCGGCAGCUGUGUCUUCGUCUUCGUCACCAUCAGCAUCUAGUUCGAAAACCAGUACAUCUAAGAGCCCCACGAUACAAGUAGGAGAGGAUGGUUCACCACAUAUACCGGAGCGACCGAAAAGCUGGCUGACGCACAAGGUCGAAACUUCGCCUACAGUCAGAUAUUGGUUCAUGAAAAUCACGGCUUUGCUCGGAUACCAUAGUCCAAAACAGCGCGCCGGACUCAGAACUUUCCUUCUAUACGAGCGUAUCUGUGCUGUUACACCCGAUGCAGAAAGAAGUUUUUGGCAGAAUGAAUGUGACUUGCCUCCCACAUUCCAGUCGUGGUUCAUUAUUACAAACCUACACUUCUGGAUGCUGACUGUCCGUCUCCGCGCCCUUCCUGAACCUCACGGUAGAUUCUACGUUCAAUUCCUCCUGGAUCACUUUUUUCUUGAUAUCGAAGACCGUAUACGUGCCAUUCUUCAACCAUCUAUCCCUCCCCGCGACCCAUACACGUUCUUCACCUCCUUUUACAUAAAUCCUAACAUUCCGAAAGACGGAAAGUUGAAGCGGGGCAGUCGAGCCCCAGAACGUCUAGUAACGCGACAGAUGAAAAUUUUCAAGGAACAGUGGAUGGGUAUGGGUAUGUGGUUUGAUUAUGGUCUGGUAACGAACGACAUGGAAUUGGCAAGUGCGGUCUGGAGGAACCUACUAGGUGCCCGCGGCUCCCAAGGGAUUGCCUAUCCCGAUUCCAACCCUCCCAAAUUCCGGAGGGGCGUCAACCUCGUUGGAGGUGCAGUAGAAAAUCCAGAAAAGAUUGAUCUUGAAAAGGAGCAGAGUCGCGAUGAUGGUUCCGGUGUGCAUGAUUAUCCCCCGGAUGAAAUCGACAAGUACGUUCGAUAUCCGGAGCUGAUGCUCGAUAUCGUAACAUACAUGCGUAGAGAGAUCUUGCGGUUGGAGAAAAUUAGCGAUGAGGAGAUUAUGGAAGGAGGCUUGGAAGCUUUGAAGUUUGGGCGUAUCAGACCCAACGUACCGAAAUCUCAAUAA